UCUGUGACCACGAACCCGCCACGCAAAGCUUCGAAACCCUCUCUAAAAUGGCGUCUUCUCGAGGAUCUCCAUCUUCAUGGCUGCCAUUGCUUCGCCCCCGUUGCUUCUUCGUCUAGGGAGAGCCCAUUCCCUUUGGUCUCGCUCCCCAUUUGCAGCUGUUUUCUCUAAGCCUUCUUCACGACGUAUUUUCUUUGGUUUUGGGGCCUCUGUUCUAGAUCAGCUCGGCCGCAUGACCUCUCUCGGAAGCCGCUUCUCCACCGCUUCAGCGAGGCCUCAGCAGGAUGUGUCUCCGGUCGAGCAGGUUUUGAAGAAUGUGGAAUGGCCAGAGGUGUUCCCAUUCAAGGCUGAGGAUUUCAGCCGAUUCGAUGAAUCAUCGGAUUCUUUGUUCUACUCGGAACCUCGAUUUGUUACGCAUAUUGAUGAUCCAGCUAUCGCUGCGCUUACGAGGUACUAUUCAAAGGUUUUUCCACCGAGUAACACUCCUGGCGUGUCUCUCUUAGAUUUGUGCAGCAGCUGGGUUAGCCACUAUCCUCCUGGGUACAAGCAAGAUAGAAUUGUGGGAAUGGGCAUGAACGAAGAAGAGCUCAAGCUGAAUCCGAUAUUGACUGACUAUAUUGUGCAAGAUCUAAAUGAGAACCCCAAACUUCCAUUUGCUGAUGAUUCUUUUGAUGUCAUAACCAAUGUGGUAAGUGUUGACUACCUGACCAAACCGAUCGAAGUUUUCAAGGAGAUGCAACGGAUACUCAAACCAGGUGGUCUAGCUGUAAUGAGUUUCUCAAAUCGUCUAUUCUGGACCAAAGCCAUCUCUAUUUGGACAUCUACCGGUGAUGUUGAUCAUGCCUGGAUUGUUGGGGCCUACUUCCAUUAUGCUGGAGGCUUUGAACCCCCUGUGGCCGUGGACAUAUCCCCCAACCCAGGGCGAUCGGAUCCCAUGUAUAUAGUGUAUUCAAGGAAGAAGCUAAAUACUGUAUGAUUACUGAAUAUAUGUUUAUAUAUAUACACUCUGAAUAUAUAUAUAUAUAUAUAUAUAUAUAUAUAUACAGGUGAGCAACAUAGUUUUCUACUUAUGAGUCUAUAACUUUUGUUUUGUUUUGUAAGAGGUGCAUAAAUCGUAGGAGAUAUAUUGCCAAUUGAUUUAAAAGAAAAACUGUCUGUUUAUUCAAAUUA